GUGCCAGUAGAUCAGGCUCAUAUGGAGGAAAUGUGCCUAAAGGUUGGUGAAUUAAAGAUCAGAAGAAAAUCAAGCAGCAAGGAAAGCCUCCUUGACACACACAGCAUGAAACAGAAAAGAGGCUCCACAGAAACCCUGCACACUUUCAAAGAGCGAUUGUGGAUAGCUCGAAGCCUAACAACUCUUGCCCCGAGAUACCAGUGUCACAGUCAGGAGUGUUCCAUUAUGUCGUGCUUGACCAACUUCACGGCUCCAGAGCUGUUGAUGGGUAACAACAAGAUCACCUGUGAGAACUGUACAAAAAUUCACAGUCAGUUACAUGGAGAGGAGAAUGUUGAGCCUGUAAAGAGCAAUGCCAGCAAACAGCUCCUGAUCCUUUCUCCUCCUGCUGUGUUGACUCUGCAAUUGAAACGUUUCCACCACAUGGGUUUCAAUCUCACCAAGGUCAACCGUUAUGUGCGAUUCCCACUGGUGUUGGAUAUUGCUCCAUUCACAUCAUCAAUCUCUUUGGGUUUGGGUAACAUGUCCCGAGGCCAGAAGCAAGUUCUUUAUGGUCUCUACAGUGUUGUUGAACACUCAGGAAGACUCAACUCUGGCCACUAUGUUGCCUAUGUUCGCUCUAGACCCCUGGACCCCAAUCGCACCAACAAGCAGUUCCUCAAUCUCAAGCCCUCUAGCCAGUUUGAGAUCAAUCACCUUGUGACAGAGAUGGCAGAAAAGAUUGAGGCUUCCUCUGGCAUGCUUGGACAAUGACUUGAAAGGUUCAUCUGCAAAUACAACCUCAGUUAAUGUUGAG